GCUUAUCCUGGUGACUUCACUACUUCCACCUCAGCUGGCCUUGAGUGUUGGAGGCGCCCCGGCUGGGUAACGGCCGCGUUGCACGUCUGGUCACGUGGUGUGCGCGAGAAGGGGCCGCCGCUGAAGGGAGAGGAGCGGCGGUGUGAACGUGCGCCUACCGAGGAGGACAUGCCGGGGAGGAUGCGAAGAGGCGCCCGGGAGAGAUGAUGAAGCGGCUGGUGAUGAUAGGCGGCCUCCUGCUCUGCUCCUUCCUAUGGCUUCCAUCCAGUCAUGUGUUCUGUACUGAGGACCCAAUUAUUCCUGCAGAACAAGUUGCUGAGAAUAUAGACAGUAAAAUAGGCGAAGAUGAGUCCGCGAAGAAAGAGGAGGAAAAGGAGCCAACGAAGAUUUUAGAAGCGGUAGAAUCUCCGCCACCGGGUCCAGCAGCAGCAGCAGCAGCAGCAGCAGAAGAUGUCACAUUAGACUGCGCUCAAGAUGAGACGGGCAAAAAACCAGCGCAGGUGCUGGACGUCCCCAUCGGCGACAUUGACACAAGCAACAUGGAGAAAGCGGCGAUGAGCCUGGCGACAAGCGUAGAAAACAUUUCCAGUUCAUCUACCUCAGAGAUCCCUCCGGAGCCCCUGCCUGAUGCAAUAGAAGCGUCCAGCGCUCCUCUCCCUGUAGUCAGCUCUAGUGAUACUGAGCAGUCAGAACCUGACUGUGACAUUGGGGGGGCGCUAGAGGUUCAGUCUCAGAGCGAGCCUUCCUUUAUUGAUCCAUCGGCAAGUUUUGUCACUGAACAUGUGGAAAAUAUCUCUGUGUCAAGCAAAAAACAAAAAGCCACAUCAUCCGAUGCAGAGGCCCAAGCGUCAACGCUGGAGAAGGACCCAGAAAAGCAGAAGUUAUCUCUCAAUUUUUCAAGAGAGUUAGAGAAAGAGAUUCUAAACGGCAAAGAGGUCACGGGUGGAGAACCAGUGGUUCCUGGGAACACAGAGGAUGACAUUCCAACCUUCGAUGAGUGGAAGAAGCAGGUCAUGGAGGUGGAGAAGGAGAAAAGCCAGUCCAUGCAUCCCUCAGUCAAUGGGGUGCAGCAUACUGUAAAAGUCCAAAAAAAUAGGAACAAUUAUGCUUCUGUAGAAUGUGGGGCCAAGAUCCUCUCUGCUAAUCCUGAGGCUAAGAGCACAUCCGCCAUACUUGUUGAAAACAUGGAUCUUUACAUGCUGAAUCCUUGUAGCACAAAAAUCUGGUUUGUUAUUGAACUCUGUGAGCCGAUCCAGGUUAAGCAGCUUGACAUUGCGAACUAUGAGCUCUUCUCCUCCACUCCAAGGGACUUCCUUGUCUCCAUAAGUGACCGAUAUCCUACCAACAAGUGGGUAAAAUUGGGAACGUUCCAUGCAAGAGAUGAGCGAACAGUCCAGAGUUUUCCCUUGGAUGAGCAGAUGUAUGCAAAAUACGUCAAGAUGUUCAUCAAGUACAUAAAGGUGGAGCUCAUAUCGCAUUUCGGCUCGGAGCAUUUUUGCCCGUUGAGUCUCAUAAGGGUGUUUGGCACCAGCAUGGUGGAGGAAUAUGAGGAAGUUGACUCUCAGUAUCACUCAGAACGCCCGGAUAUUUAUGAUGAAGAUGACGAUUAUCCGAUGGAUUACAACACGAGAGACGACAAAUCAUCGAAGAACCUGCUCGGCUCUGCUACAAAUGCCAUUCUUAGCAUGGUGAAUAAUCUUGCAGCUAACAUGCUGGGGGCGAAUACUGAGGAGGAGAUCACGGAAGGGAAAGUUUUAAAUAGGAGUAAACCGCAAAAUGUUACUACAGAAUCUCAAGCUGCAAGCACGGAAAAGAUACCCGAGCAAUUGCCAACUCCUACAGCAACGUUGGAGGAAGAGACUGUGACUCCUCCUACAGCUUCUGCAUCUGUCCCAGAAUCGGAAGCUCCCAUAGAAAGACCCAUUGUUCAGCUUGUCCAAGAGGAAGAGGAAGAAGCUCCCAGCCAAUCUACAGUGACUCUCCUGGGCAGCGAUGAGCAGGAGGAAGAGAAGGUGUCAUGGUUCGAGUUUGAGACCCAGCUUUACUGCGGGGAAUUGGCCACCAUCUGCUGCAUCUCCAGCUUCUCAGAGUAUAUCUAUAAGUGGUGUUCAGCCAUUGUAGCUAUUCAUAGACAGCGUAGUAAAACAGUAGAGUACAAGCGGAAGGAGGAGGAAGAGGACACCUCCCAAUCUACUCAACAGACUAUAGCAGCUUCGGCUACUGUGGAGCCCUCGGCUGAACCAUCGGAGAGCAGGAUGGUAGAAAAGGCCACCACAGAUUUCAUUUUAGUAAAUCCUGCAGAUAAUUCACCAGCCAGUUCUGCACAUAAGAUGGUAGAAUCCAUCCAUUUGGAGCCCAGUCAAACCCAGACCAUCUCUCAAUCUGCGGUAGCCGAGGAAAGCUCGUCACCCUCAAAUGAGGCCAACAAGAUGGUGACGACCCCAACCCCGGCUUUAAGUUCUUCAGAACCUGUACAGGAACAAACCAAGGAGCUCAAAACGAGCGAUGUCCCGAUUUACGCCGAGAAACAAACAUUAACCGUUGAGGACAGUCCCGUCACAGGCUCGGUGGAGAGCACCAAGGAGGAAUCGGAGGACUAUAACAAAGUCAUUAAAGCUACGGAGACUACGCAGAUCCAAGAAACUAUCACGUCUACUGUGGUGACAGAGGUGGAGGCUAAGGAAGCGGUAAAGCCGGUAACGACGCAAGUUGCCGAUAGCCCGCCGUCAGCGGAGAAAAGGGAGGAAGAGCACCUCACCGAUGACGUGUCGAUCAGCGCCAGCUUGCAAAGAAGUACUACUGAUUUCUACGCUGAACUACAAAAUGCUACUGACCUGGGUUAUACCAACGGGAAUCAAGUUCACGGCUCCAACCAGAAGGAGUCGGUCUUCAUGCGCCUCAAUAAUCGGAUUAAAGCUCUUGAGGUUAAUAUGUCUUUGAGCAGUCGCUAUUUGGAAGAGCUCAGUCAGAGGUAUCGAAAACAAAUGGAAGAAAUGCAAAGAGCUUUCAACAAGACUAUACUAAAACUGCAGAAUACGUCCCGAAUAGCUGAAGAGCAGGAUCAGCGUCAGACAGAAUCCAUUCAGCUGCUCCAGGCUCAGCUCCUCAAUAUGACCCAGCUAGUGUCCAACCUGUCCUCUACGGUCACUGAGCUACGGCAGGAGGUGACCGAUCAGCAGAGUUACCUGGUCAUCGCGCUCAUCUUGUGCAUCGGUUUGGCGUUAUUUAUUUGCAUCCGCUGCAGAAACCCGUCUCAGUUCAGUGAUGACUACGACGACUUGUCAAAUAUCCCGAAAAGCAAUAAUUACCCCAGUCCCAAGAGGUGUUUUUCAUCCUACGACGAUAUGAAUCUCAAACGAAGAACCACAUUUCCCCUCAUCCGCUCCCAGUCAUUGCACCUAUCAAGUAAAGAAGUCGAUCCAGAUGAUUUGUACAUUGUGGAGCCAUUGAAAUUCUCUCCAGAGAAAAAGAAGAAGCGCUGCAAGUACAAAACGGAGAAGAUUGAGACCAUCAAACCCAUGGAUCCCCUGAAAGCACUCCCAAAUGGGGACGUAAAAACCAAGAAAGAAUUUACAAACCAGAGAGACUUCUCCAACAUGGGGGAGGUGUACCACUCCUCCUACAAGGGGCCGCCAUCCGAAGGCAGCUCAGAGACCUCUUCCCAGUCAGAGGAGUCCUACUUCUGUGGCAUCACUGCCUGUUCGGCCCUUUGUAACGGACAACCCCAAAAGACUAAAACCGAAAAAAGAGCCAUUAAGCGCCGACGCUCCAAACUUCAGGACCAAGGAAAGUUCAUCAAAGCAUUAAUACAGACUAAGUCCGGCUCCAUGCCCAGCCUGCACGACAUCAUCAAAACCAAUAAAGACUUGGCUGUCGGCACGUUCGGGGUCACCACAGUGUCCGGCCGACUCUAAUCUCACAGGGUAUCUGAUCUACAUUUUUGGGUUUUUGUUUUUUUUACUCUGGUACUACGUCAAGUAAGCUCCAGCUCUCUGUUUUAACCAUUACAUGCACAGCGUGAGAUGGUCCGGUCUGACUGGGAUCAUCUGGGACGUUUUUCGAGCAAGGAAAUUGAGCGUUCUCCUAUUUUUCUUUUUUUUUUUUUUUCUUUUUUUCUUUUCUUCUUGGAACGUUACAAUAGGAUUUAGAUUAUUUUUCGCAGUUUUAUUACUGGGGGAAAGAACAUUUUACUUACCCAGAUUGUUGGGUUUAACUCAAGUUGGAUAUGUCCUACCCCCCCGAUGUUGUUCCCCGUACUUGCACCUUUCCAUAUUUAUGUGCCUUCUGUCUAUUUAUAAUGCCACUGGAGGGGGGGAAAAAAAAAGCACCAAGUGUGAAUGUGUGACUUAGGAUUUAUUUUUUAGAGAACACUUAUUAGAACUUUUUGUUCCUUUUUGCAGCUUCUUUGGAGUUUAACACUAACCGUACCUGGUAUCUUUACAGCUAAUCCAUUCCAGGAGGAGGGUCUGCGAUACAACGACGAGAUGUCAAACCAAUAGUCUCUUCUAUACGUUGUAGUUAUGGGGGAAGCUUUUAGCGCUCCCGGGUGUCCCUGCAUUGAAUCUGUUGUGUAAUCCAUCCAGUCCGUACAUAUGACCAGUGUUGGACAUGGUGGUUGUGCUGCCUGUCCAGCGUGUGCACAUAGGACGUGGAGGUGGUGGUAGAAUUGAAAUGUGUAUACAGUGAUGUAAAUGGAACAGGGGAGCAUAAACUACUGAUCAAAUUUUGCCUUUUUCCCUUUAAUCUUCCACCGUGAGGCCAUAGAGCAGUCGUCUCCAACCUCCGACUCUCCAGUUAGUGCAGAACUACAACUUCCAGCAUGCCCGGACAGCCAGUGUAGCCCUACCUAGGUGUUAUCCAGGAAUCGAGAAACAGAGCCAUGUCUAUCUGUCUCCCGGUUUGGUGCGGUUCUGCAGCUGAGAGCCAUUGAAGUGAAUGAAGCCAAGAUGUAAUUCCACACCCAACCUGGAGACAGACAGGGAGCUGUUUUUGAAAGAAAUUAUCUGUUUUUCCAUUCCUGGAUAACCCCUUUAAAAAAGCAUUUCUGUAGCAGCUUUAGGAGUUUGUCCACACACGCAGACUUCCAGAAUUAACCACCCACACCUCAGGCCCCCCCCCCCCCCUCUCCGGAAAUUGCGCAGUCAUUUACUGCAUAUUGCUUUCAAUGGGAUUCCGCAGUCCAAGUUAGACAGUAGAGUUUUCGCUGCGGAAAUUCUGCUUCCGGCAUUCUGUAAGAAUAUAAGACCAGGUUUAAAAUUGGCAGAAUUCCGCGACUGAAUCCCAUUGAAAUCAGUGGGGCUUGAAUUUCGGUGGAAUUCUUGCAAAAUUCCAUUCAGCAUGCUCUGUUAAACGGAAUUUCUGCGCAAUUCUGGAAAUUCUGUGUGUGUACAUACCUCUACAAUGAUGGUCAACCUGUGGCUCUUUAACUGUUGCAAAAGUACCAAAACGGCAGCUCCUAAUAUGUCCUGACGCCCAACUUUGCUUUACUUGCAAUUGAUGGCGGUGCGGGCAUGUUGUCAUUUUGCCACAAGUUGAAGACCAACGCCAUAAUGCCAUGUGAUCUUUAAGGGA